UGCGUCAGCUGCUUUUGAUACGAAACUGAUGUUGCUGCACGAUACUGAGUAUAAAUAUCGGCCCUAACUCUUGUUUCAGACAUUGCAUCUUCAGUAUUUGCAUCAUGAAGUUCUUCGCUCUAUUUGCUUUUGUCCUGGCCUUAGUGGCGAUGGCUAUGGCCAUGCCUGAACCUCUGCCCGGUGGUGGCGGCGGCGGCGGUGGCGGUGGUGGUCUCACCCUUGAAGAACUCGGUGGAGGCGGUGGCGGCGGCGGUGGUGGUGGUCUCAACCUCGAACUCGGCGGAGGCGGUGGUGGUGGCGGCGGUGGUGGCAAGUAAAUUGCCCAACCAUUAACCAGUUUAACACAUUGUUAAUUGAAUUGACUGUUUGGCGGAAGGAUUUGGAACAAAUUAUUACAUUAAUAAAUAUAAUUUGACAAAAAAACACAAA